GUUUUCCUUUUUCUGUUGAGACUCUGCCGGGUACCACUUUAUAAUCUGUAAAUUACUUUUGCAUGUACAUAUCGUUUCAUCCAAUUCUCAUGUCGACUUUGCUACGUAUGUAUUAUUACUCACAUUUCACAGAGAAAGUAAUGUAGACUCAGAGGUUAAGUCCUUUACUGAAGAAAUACUGCUUACUAAGUGAUAGAGCAAGGAUUUAAGCCCAGGUCUGUUAUGUCUCCAAAGCCCAUCCUCAGCCACACUGGUGGAUUACAAACCCAGUCUGGAUCCCAGAAAUGUAUACAUUCCAAAGCCUUCUUCAUAUGAUUCUUAUAAUAACAAAGUCCAGAGCCCAUGACUAUAUCAUCCUACAGAUACGGAGUAAAUACUGAUAAUGGCCUAAAAAUGAUCACUUAAUGUAGCUGAGUUGUUGCUUAAAAUCACUUUGUCACUAUGUGGUUAUUUUCAUAUCUGGCUUCUUAAGUCUCGUGUUCUGUCCUAUAUUUUGCUUGAGUAAUAUUACUGUUUUGUUCAGCAAAUCUGUUAAUUUUAAUUUUUUUAUAAGUGAAUUACCCACAUCAACACUGACAUCUCAGUUUAGCUUUAUCCAGCCACCUAUCCAUAUUGUCUAUCACGUUCUCCAAAGUUUGCUGCACCAGGCAACCCAAUGAGAAUGCAGAAAGGAAAUUUUGAAUUUAUAUUUUUAUUUUAAUUACAAGAAAACUUCUUCAAAACUUCACCAAUUUUUACCAUGUUAAUGGAUGGCAGUUUAUACACAGUUUAUAAGUGAAUAUGAGUAAAAAGUCAUAUAGAAUAUACUCAAUACUAUAUUGUUGGGGUGUCCGAUCAAAAAAGAAGUAGAAAUCACUGGUCUAGUCUAUAGCCCCUUCCCUAUGACCAGGAAGUUGUGCCUGCUCUCCCGGGGAGGGAUUGGGAAGAAUAAUUCCUUUUGAAUAUGUAAUUUGUGCUCUAAUCCUCACAGGAUGGCAGAAAAUGACCUUAGAAGCCAGAAAUAUCUCCCACGCCGUGAGUGACUUCAUCCUCUUGGGCUUCUCUUGCCGCUGGGAAAUACAGAUUUUCCUCUUUUCCACAUUCUUUGUGACUUAUAUCCUGACUCUCCUUGGAAACCUGGCUAUUAUGUGUGCAGUGCGCUGGGACCACCGGCUCCACACCCCCAUGUACAUUCUGCUGGCCAACUUCUCCUUCCUGGAGAUAUGCUAUGUCAACUCUGAUGUGCCCAACAUGCUGGCCAACUUGCUCUCCAAAAACAAAACCAUUUCCUUUGCUCGAUGCCUCCUCCAAUUGUACUUCUUCUUCUCCCUGGGCACAACUGAAUGCUUAUUUCUCUCGAUCAUGGCCUAUGACCGGUUUCUGGCAAUCUGCCGCCCCCUACACUAUCCUACUGUCAUGACUACUAAGUUUUGUAGCAGCCUGAUCAUCUUCUGCUGGGUGUAUGGUUUUAUCUGGUUUCUAAUCCCAGUUAUACGCAUCACCCAGCUGCCAUUUUGUGGCCCAAACGUGAUUGAUGACUUUCUAUGUGACCUCAGUCCCCUGCUGGCCCUGGCAUCAGCCUGUGUCCCAAUCCCAGGGACUGUUCUCAUAUGUGGCACCAUGAGUUCCCUCCUCAUCUUUGCAACCUUUUUCUACAUUAUUGGCUCCUAUACCCUGGUGCUGAGGGCUGUGAUGGAGGUACCCUCUGCUGCUGGCCAGAAGAAGGCCCUCUCCACCUGCUCCUCACACCUGACUGUCGUGUUUUUAUUUUAUGGCUCAGUCAUGAUGACAUAUGUGAGUCCAGGGUCAGGACAAGCAGAAAGCAUGCAGAAGUUCACAACUUUGUUCUACUCAGUUUUGACCCCUUUGUUCAACCCCAUGAUCUACAGCCUCCGGAAUAAAGAAAUGAAGGAUGCCUUGAAGAAAGUUCUAGGAGGCUCCUAAAAUUGCUCUGUAAUGUUAGUGAGUUAUUACCAAGUAAGUUCAGACUGUGAGCCCCAGCAGUGAAGAGCUGAGAAACUGGCAAGUAGAUGUGAACUUUUCAAAAGAGACAUUUCAAAAUCCUAAAUGCCAUGUUAUCAAUGAAACCUUUACCCGGGCAGAAUUAAUUGCCUCUUCCACAGCACAUUACUUGCAUUUCUAUUUAACAGGUACUUCAUUCUUUUUUGUAUUAUACUUAGCUAUUUACAAAUGUGUCUUCACAUAUAUCCCAUCCUGAUUAGAUAUUCAGUUCCUUGAGAGCAGGAACUAUGUUUUAUUAAUUUCUGUAAUUCCAGAACUCAAAA